CCCCCCGCUGGGAGAAUAAAAAGCUCAGACUCCGGAUCCGAUUCGGCUUCAAGCAGCGAACUCCUCGCUACCAACGUCACCAAAUAUUACCAACACAACAUCAGCAUCACCAACAUCAUCAACAAUCAUCACAAUCAUCACAAUCAUCACAAUCAUCGCCAGCAUCCCGCAAGUCGCGCGGUUGGCUAAAGAAGUUCAACAUAUCAACAACCACCCUCUCUACUCCUCUGUCUCUCUCUCUAUCCCCUCCUCUCUCCAUCUCUUCCUGCCCCUCUUUCCCUGUCUCUCGCCAUGGGAGACUGGAACCUGCUGGGUAAGAUCCUGGAGGAGGUGCACAUCCACUCGACCAUCGUGGGCAAGAUCUGGCUCACCAUUCUCUUCAUCUUCAGGAUGCUCGUGCUCGGAGCGGCUGCAGAGGAGGUCUGGGACGACGAGCAGGCGGAGUUUGUGUGUAACACGGAGCAGCCGGGCUGCAGGAACGUUUGCUACGAUGCAGCCUUCCCCAUCUCCCUCAUCCGCUACUGGGUCCUUCAGGUGAUCUUCGUCUCCUCUCCAUCCCUCAUGUACAUGGGCCACGCUCUCUACCGACUGCGUGCGCUGGAGAAGGAGCGGCAGCGCAAGAAAGCCGCCAUCCGUGCCGAGCUUGAGGGCAUGGAGCUCCCGGGGGCUGAGUGUGGGAAGUCGGCUUACCCUCACCACCACCACCCUCCUCACCACCACCAUCCUCACCACCACCUCCCUCACCAACAGCAGCAGAUUCCGCUUACCGCUCACCUACAGCACGUCCGGCAGCAGCAGCAGCAACAGCAGCAGGGCCCCGCCACCGCUGCCCUCCCCCAGCCGGGCGGGCAGCACAAGCGCCUGGAGCGUGAGCUGCGCAAGCUGGAGGAGCAGCGCAAGCUGAGCAAGGCGCCGCUGCGGGGGGCGCUGCUGCGCACGUACGUGCUGCACAUCGUGGCUCGCUCCGCCCUCGAGGUGGCCUUCAUGCUGGGCCAGUGCUCGCUGUACGGCGUCGCGCUACGGCCCCUCUACAAGUGCGCCCGCCGGCCGUGCCCCAACGUGGUGGACUGCUUCGUGUCGCGCCCCACCGAGAAGACGGUCUUCGUCGUCUUCAUGCUCAGCAUCGCCGCCAUCUCCCUGGUGCUCAACGUGCUGGAGAUCGCCCACCUCGGCUUCCGCAAGCUCCGCCGGGGGUUGCUCAAGAGCAAGGGCUGCGCCGAGGCGGCGGCGGCGGCGGCGGCGGCGGCGGCGGCGGAGGCGACGGUGGAGGUGGGCCCAGCGGCGGUGGAGGACCAGAAGAUUGGUGGUGGUGGUGGUGGAGGUCUUGUCGGUGGAGUUGGUGAUGGUGGUGGUAGUGGCGGUAACGGUGGCUCAAUUGCGGUGCCACGACACUCAAAGUUGCGAGCAUCAAUACCACAGGUGUCACUCGGUGGCGGGGAUGGAGGGAGAGGAGGUGCAGGACCAAGCGACGUCUCCACGGUGACUUCGCCGAGCGCCAUUCCGCCACCUGGGCCAGUGGCAGGGGAAGCCGGAAGGAGCCCUUGGGGGCACGGAGCGGCAGACUCGGAGACAAACGUUUUGAGCCAGGGGCACCUCACGGCCUCAGCGGCCAGCCCCUCCCGCUCUGGGGGUGGGCAUGGCAGAGGAGGAGCCGGGUCCAAUGCGCCGGGCCAGGCCUGGACCGCCACCGCCACCGGCACCGGCACCGGCACCGGCACCGGCACCGGCACCGCCGCGACGACGACCCACAAUGGCAAACGCCAAACCGCUGCCACCGGUGCGCCCACCGGCGGUGGAUCUGCUCACGCUACGCCUACUCGAGGUAUCGGAGGAGGAGACGGAGGUGGCGCAGGAUCUGGCAGAGGAGUUUUCGGAACUUGGCUUCGCCGUCCACAAGAUUUAAUCGACAGCAGUCCGAAGGUCUCCUCCGGUACCGAUCCAAACACCUCCUCCAGCACCGGUCUGAAGAUCUCCUCCGGUACUGAUCCAAACACCUCCUCCAGUACCGGUCUGAAGAUCUCCUCCGGUACUGAUCCAAACAUCUCCGGAAGCGGUCUGAAGACUUCUGUGAGUGGUAGCAGAGGGAGCAGUGGAGGGAGCAGUAACAGAAGCUUCCGACCUCAUCCUCCUCCACCACCACCACCACCUCCACCUCCUCCACCACCUCCUCCCUAUUCCACCUCCUCAUCACCGGCUUCCUCCUCCUCGUCAUUGUCGCAGGCAGAAAGGAGACGCGGGGAGACGGAGGGCGGUGCCAUGUCGGGGGACGUCCAUCGGACGUCCGAGUCGGACGUCCGGCGUCUACGACGAAGACAGCAGCAGCAGCAGCAGCAGCAGGAGGACGAUGACGGUGGAGAUGACGGUGGAGAUGACGGAGGAGAUGAUGGUGGAGAUGAUGGAGGAGGUGGUGGAGAUGGAGGAGGAGGUGGAGAUGAGGAGAGGCUGAGCGGCUCGGUUUUGGGCUCUGGGUCUGGCACGGGGUCUGGCUCCGGGUCCGUGUCGGGGUCCAGCGAACUCAGCGGCCCGAGUCCCCCUCCCCCUACGUCGCGCCGAGUCUCCAUGAGCAUGCUGCUCGAACUCUCGUCCAUCAUGAAGAAGUGACGAGGACACGCCCACUCAUCACGUGCCACGCCCACUCAUGUGACACCUACCUAUACAGACCACACCAUACACCGGCCACGCCCACUGUCUACCUAGAUCACGCCCGCUACCUACUUAGGCCACGCCCGCUACCUACUCAGGCCACGCCCACCCUCUUCAAUGGCCACACCCACCCUCUGCACACGGCCCUGUUCGAGGCUACACUGGGUACCUUUGUCUUUGUGUCUGCAUUCUAAUUCAAACAUCCUGAAGCAGAAUAUUAGUGCUGGGUACAACCACAUUUGCGAACUUAAACCAUUAUUUUUAUGUUACCAGGUAAGGCUCACUGAGCGAUUUUUCAGAAGCGACCUGUCCACAAAUGAUAGCUCAACGAAUUGGGAAUUUAUAGUAGCAGCCACAGACUCUGAAUCCAC